AUGGGAAUUAAAAAAAAUUGUACUAUUUUUCCCUCUUGUUGUGCUAAAAGGAAUCAAAAGGGGACAUUGUAUUAUGUCUCGUUUAAAUUUCUUUGCUUAAGUUUAUAUAUAAUUGGAUUUUAUUAUGUUUUAUUUAAUAACUCUUUAGAAAAUGGUAGCUUAGAAAUAGCUAAAAAUUGUAAUAUAUAUAAACGAAAUUUAGUUCAGGAGGAAAAAGUUAAGGUACCAAAAAAGAAAAAAAAUUUAAAAUAUAAAAAAGGAGAUGUGAUUAAAGUAAAAUCCAAUGAAACUGAUAUUAAAUGUAAUGAAGAAGUAGUAGCGGAAAAUGACAAUAGUAGUAAUAAUUGUUGUGCAAAUAAUAAUGCGGAAAGUGAAAGUAAUGUUUCUAUAUGUAAUAUAAAUUAUAAUGAUAUGUCAAAGAAUUUAACAGAAAAAGAAUUAUAUGAGGUUUUAAAUUCAUUUAAAGAAUGCCCUCCAAAAGAAGAUCUUAGAAAUAUAUGGAAUCAUACACUUUCUGUCGUGAAACAAGGUUUUGAUAAUAUAUUUCACGAGUUAAAGGUAUCAAUACAAGAAAAUUUAGAUAAUGAUAUUGAUUUGGGUGAUGGAAAACUCUUAUAUAACGAUAUAUGGUCAAGACUUUAUUUCAACUAUUGUAGAGAAUUAAGAACAGAAGAGGCAGAAUACAUUAAAAAGUUUUAUAGAUUAAUUAAUGAUAAAAGUAGAAUUGAUAAAAGUUUAAAUUUUAUUUAUUCAUUCUUAGAACAUUUUAAUACAUUUAAAGGGGAACUGAAGGAAAAUUUCGAAAAGGAGCUCUCAAAAGAAAUUAAGAAAAGUGCUAAUAGUUAA